UGACCUCUGACAAUCAUCAUCGCGACACGGAUGGCAGCAAUAUACUCAGUCUAUACCUCACCCACCCACCCACCUAUCCCGGAUCACCUACCAACCCUCAUCGUUACUCCUCAUGGCCAGCCUUCCAAUAUCUUGUACUCUUAUCUGCACACGAACUUUAAUUCCGAGAACUAUCUCUUAACGCCGUCGCCACAAGGUGAUCUUUGCGUUGCUAAGCUGUUCCCCCCUCGCCCAAAAGAUAUCGGCAAGGCUUCAGCAUCAGAUCCCGGUCAUUCAUCGUCGUCAGGCUCGCGCGUUGUACGCUGUGAAGCCUCUCGCAACCUUAAAUGGUCAAUUGCCAAUACCGGCGUCAUUUCUCCCAUAUACAAGCUUUCGCUGCCUUCCCCAGAUUCAGCGGAUCUACCGUUAUUUCAGAUCUCAAAGCCAAAUCCUAAUGCGGCGUUCUGGAGCAUGUUCUACUUUGCUUAUGCUGGCCAUAAUAUACCCCCCAAGCGCAUCGAGUUUGGAAAGAUACAGAAGAAUCCUCCCGGACCUAACGGUGGCGGAACAAGGAUCAGCAUCACUGGCAAGACUGCGGAAGAAAAGGCUGUUUGGCAGACUUUGGGCGAAGGGAAUGAGGAUUGCGUCGAAUGGGUCGUUCUUUGCGCCGCUCUCAAUCUGCUUGACGAUGAAAUUGUCAAAGCUGCGGAAAAGAACCCCACUAAACAACCUCCGAUAACAAACGGAGGCCGACCCUCCCCUGUUUCUCUUCGUGAUCCUGGUCCUGCCACAAACACAUCGCAACGACCACCUGUGAAUAUGCCUCCUCCUCAGCCACGCCCUACCCCUCAACACGCCAAUACCUUACCCCCUCACGUGAACCCGGGGCCUGGAUUCCAAGGUCAACCAAUGCCCCAGCGCGGGUUUCCUCCAGGACAAGGACCUUCUGGACCAGGAUAUGGAGCUCUGCCUCAAGCUCAAGGCUACCCCACGGGUGCUGGCCCUGGCCCACAUGGCCGACCUCCUCCGACUCAGAUGCGUCCUGGCAUGCCACCAGGCCCCGGUCAUAUGCCAGGGGCGCAUGGCCGUCCACCCCAACAGAUGAUGUCUGGUCCUACACAGCAGCAGCAGAUGCCCUCUCACCAUCAUGGACAAGGCCCUCAGCAAGUACGGAGGUUUUAGCACUAGAGACUGUUCCUCGCAACGCUUGUGCAUCCGGAUACCCUUAUCUAUCACUUUAUACUGGGUUUAUGAAGUAUUACUAUCACAUCUUGUGCCCUAUAUCGUGUACUUUCUUUCUCUCUUUCAAGAUCGAUGGACGUGUAAUUGUAAUUCUUAGGUAUGAGGUGGCAAUUCAACACCACGGUCAUUGCCAUUUCAGUAUGAUUAUGUUACAUGUCGUUCAAGCAGAUUUUGCCAACUUCUCGAUGGC